GGAGUCCAAGUGAACGCAGUGAAUCCCACUCUUGUCAGCACCAACAUCUACCGCCACUACACGGACGACCCUGACGCCAACAACGCAUUACUGGAGCAGUUUGCCAGACUCCAUCCCCUGCACGGCCGGGCGAGCACACCCGAGGAGCAGGCUGAGGUCAUCGUCUACCUGUCCAGCAAGGCCGCCAAUUUUGUAUCGGGCCAAUGCAUCUUGGUGGAUGGGGCGAUAACGCUCCAAGGUGCUGCUACCUGCAACUAA